GUCCAGAAUUUGAACUCGUUCUCACACCAAUCUCCGAUCUCAGCUUUUAACGGACAAAAUCUCGUCCUUCCAACGCUGACCGGGUUCUCUCCUUUCCUCCCUCCUCCGGCAAGAAAGCGGACAAAGCAAUAUAAAAGGAGGCCUCUGGGUGUCUUUUUUCGGUGCACAGUUUGGUAGGCGGUCAUAUGCGGUCAAGCCUUUCCCAAAAAGCUUCUCCAGAACUCUUCUCCCCAGUAUCUAUUUAUCGAGGCCCUAUCGAGAGACCUCCCCAAUUUCUCUCUCCUCCGCCCUUCAGCGCUACCCACAAGACCAGCCUCUCUCCUCCCUUUCCUCUUGUUCCUAUCCAGUCUCUGUUCUCCUUUCAGAGGCGAUCAGCUUGGGGAUGGGGAGAGCUCCGUGCUGCGACAAGGCAAAUGUGAAGCGAGGGCCAUGGUCUCCAGAGGAAGACAUGGUUCUCAAGUCCUACCUCCAGACUCACGGGACCGGUGGCAACUGGAUUGCUUUGCCCCAGAAAGCAGGGCUGAAACGUUGCGGCAAAAGCUGUCGCUUGAGAUGGCUCAAUUACCUCCGACCGGACAUCAAACAUGGAGGUUUUACUGGGGAAGAGGACAACGUCAUUUGCACUCUCUACAACAAAAUAGGAAGCAGGUGGUCCGUUAUAGCUUCCCAACUGCCUGGAAGAACCGAUAAUGAUGUCAAAAACUACUGGAACACCAAGUUAAAGAAGAAGAUGAUGGCAGCCCAAGCAUCCCUCUCCGCCGCCGCCGCCAAUACCAAUCUCAUCACUCACAGCCCUUCACCAUCGCCGCCACCACCUCCUCUCGUCACCCCGACGAUCAAAACCGAGACCUACACCUGCGACGGAUUCUUGACUCCUUUUAACAAAGACGCCUCCGCAUCAGCACCUACGGACCCCAGCUCCAUGUUCGGCCACAACGCAUCGUUUCCGAUGGCGGGGCUCGUCGGACCACCCGGUCUCAAUGGGAGCGUCAACCAGUAUGCCGUGUCGCCGCACGACGACGCCUCCACGGCUUCCUCAUCGGUUACCAUGGAGAACGGCAGCAGCUACGUCAACUGGUCGGCCAACGGGCCUGGCGGGGAUGAUGCCUUCUUCGCGGAGUUCGGCUUCGAAUCGUCUUGCGAGUUCUUCGAUGGCUAUUACGGUUAUCCCGAUCCAGCUACGCUUGCUACCAUGUUGGUCUCUUCAUCCGACACCAAGCCACAAGUCACAUACUCGUAGCAAAGCCAUAGAAGAAGGUCCAUGAGGGAGGCAGACACGAGAUUAACAGCAUCCAUCACCUUCAUCUCCUUUUGCUUCAAGCAUCGCCUGGCUGUUGGGUUAUCUUGAUGUACAUGAAUUACUUUGAUGUUUUUAAGCAGUUACUGCUGUUAUUUUAUGGUUUGUUUCAAGUUAUUGCUACUUUAUUCGUAAGUAAAGCAUUUAAUGAA